AGCGAGUGAGUGAGUGAGUGAGCAAGAGACAGUGAGAGAGUGAGAGAAAAAGAGAGAGAACUGCAGCCAGGAGAACUAGAUCAGAUUGCAAAGAUUGAUAGAGGGGCUGUUCAGCUAAUAAGCAGAGUUAAUUUUCUCUCUUUAAUUCUACAGUUUUAUGGGAAAUGUGACGAGGGACUUAAAAUGUCUAAAGAUUGUGAUUGAAUAGAAGUGCUGAAGGAGUUCAUAAGAUGGGGAUACAAAGCCUUUUUUCACAUUGGGAAGUUCUUAGAUACCUUUUUUUACGUCCAGCAGCAGAGGACAAACUGAGGACGGAUUGAAUCAGUCAAAAAAAGAAAACGCACCAAUUUUUCAUAGUUUUGGUCUUUGCGGCGACCGACUGACACCUGGUGCAGUUCACGAAUGUGCAAUGCAUGUCGGGGAAAACUCCCUGACUGAAAACAACAGAGGAAGGAUAGAAAGCAGAGAUAGAGAUCAACAAUGAAGAAAUUCAAAGGGUUUCUGUGCCUGUGGCUCAAAAGGAUGGAGUGGUUCUACCCUUAAGGAAUCACAGAGAGAGAGAGACCAGCUCUGGUGGCAUAAACUCAGAGGGAAGAAUGAGGCUUCAGUUUGGCUAGCUGGUAUAUGAGCCAGGAGGAUACUGUAUUUCUGCUCUGAAGUGGGGGAAGAAAAGAACCAGGUGGAUAAUAUAUAAGGGAGUGGUCUGCCAAGAGUACAACACCCAAAAGCACACCUUCUUCCUGGCUAUGACCGGCUGAGAUGGGGCUCUGGCAGUGAUACCCCUGGGAAGGGCCUUUGAGUGAUCACACAUUGGGACUACGGGAUUGCCCACCUACUCCAACACUGCAGCCCGGCCUACGUGGCCAGCAUGAGCGUUGGGCGGAUCAACCGUUACAGCAUCGUGUCGUCCGAGGAGGAGGCGCUGCGCCUCACCAAUAUGCACAGCAGCAGCGGUGGCGGCAUGAACGGCUUCGGCAACGGCAAGAUCCACACACGCCGCAAGGUUCGCAACCGCUUUGUCAAGAAGAAUGGCCAGUGCAACGUGCAGUUCACCAACAUGGAGGACAAGUCGUCGCGCUACAUGGCCGACCUUUUCACCACAUGCGUGGACAUCCGUUGGCGCUACAUGCUGGUGCUGUUCACACUGGUGUUCGUGCUGUCCUGGCUGGCCUUUGGCCUGGCUUUCUGGGUUAUAGCGUUGCUCCACGGCGACCUGGACAACCCGGCCGGAGACGACAACUUCACGCCUUGCGUCCUGCAGGUCAACGGCUUCGUGGCCGCCUUCCUGUUCUCCAUCGAGACCCAGUCGACCAUCGGCUACGGCUACCGCUGUGUGACAGAGGAGUGUCCCGUCGCAGUCUUCAUGGUGGUCUUCCAGUCCAUCGUUAGCUGCAUCAUCGACUGCUUCAUGAUUGGCGCCAUCAUGGCCAAGAUGGCAAGGCCCAAGAAACGUGCACAGACACUACUGUUCAGCCACAACGCAGUGAUCGCUUUACGCGACAGCAAGCUGUGCCUCAUGUGGAGGGUGGGGAACCUAAGGAAGAGUCACAUCGUAGAGGCCCAUGUCAGAGCUCAGCUCAUCAAACCCCGGAUCACUGACGAAGGGGAGUAUAUCCCCCUGGACCAAAUAGACAUCAAUGUGGGCUUUGACAAAGGCCUGGACAGGAUUUUCUUGGUUUCUCCCAUUACGAUUAUCCAUGAGAUCAAUGAGGAUAGUCCACUCUAUGGGAUCAGGAAAAAUGACCUGGAGACGGCAGAUUUUGAGAUCGUGGUCAUACUGGAAGGGAUGGUCGAGGCAACCGCCAUGACCACGCAGGCCCGCAGCUCCUACCUGGCCACGGAGGUACUGUGGGGUUACCGGUUCGAGCCAGUGCUCUUCGAGGAGAAGGACCUGUACAAGGUGGAUUACUCUCACUUUCACAAGACCUACGAGGUACCGUCCACCCCGUGCUGCAGUGCCAAGGACAUGGUGGAGAACAAGUUUCUGGUGCCCACCUCCAACUCCUUCUGUUACGAGAACGAGUUGGCCUUUCUCAGCCGGGAUGAGGAUGAGGAAGAGGAGGUGGUGGGCAUGGGUAGUGGUACGUUCAGAGCACUGGCCAACCUGAACAGUCCUGACCGGAACAAUCGUCACGAGUUCGAGCGGCUACAGACCACCAGGGGACUGGACCAAAGGUCGUACCGCAGGGAGUCGGAGAUAUGACCUCUGCCCUACCUGGGGUCAACUUCAAUACAUUUUCUUUCCUUCCAAGGGUAAAAAUGCAGAACAAUGCGCAGUGCCAUAGGAAAAGCUGACUACUGUAAUAGGAUGUAAAGUAAAUGAGGGGACAGUGAAAGGGAAAGCGGGACACUGGAAAAAGUGGAUGCUAGCAAACGUAUGCAGCAUGCAAAACUGUGGUAAAGAAUUUCCACAGGACCACAACAAAAGGAAAAUGGCCAGUGAAGGACAUUAUUCCUUCGUGGAAACUUGAAUCUUCAUUUUUCAUUUGAGUUGAGCGUGUUUAAUGAUGCAUCGAACAGGUAUAAUGACAAGACCUAAUAAUCAGGUCCCAGGUGUAAAUAUUAUUCCGUAGAUAAGUUAUGUUUCAUGUGGAGUAUUAUUUAAAAAAACAUUUGUAAAAAAAUGAUUUUUAGCUAUUUCAAGUUGCUACUGGGCACAAAUGGCAGCGUUACAGUUUAAAGCUACAUAUAAGUGAUGGUUGCUGAUAAUAGGCCUCUGUUCAUUGCUGUAAUUCACAAUCGCUGGAACUGAGUUCGAUGACACAUUGAAAAUUCCUGUGAAAGUGCACUGCAACAUUCAGAAGCAAUGAGCAAAUGAUCUAACCAUCCACGAGCCACUGAAGCACAACAUCGUUUCACAACUUGGACUUCCUUUUAACCAGUUGUGAUGAAUCCGUAUCAUUUGCACUAUAAGCAGAACUUAAGAGUUGGCCCUAUAGUAAUGCAAUACAUUCAUUUAGAAUGGGCAAUACAUUUUAUUGUUCAUUUUGAUACCCCUUGUUUCAAACAUUAAAAUAACACAGGAUUAUUCUGACCUCAAUGAAGUUUUGAAACUACUAAGUUGUUGAUAUGGAAAAUAUCAUUACAUUUCAUAGUUCUUUUGAUUAUUCUCUUUUACAACGAAUCUAUGCACAUCGUUAAUGUUAUCAGGAGACAGAAACUCAAUGGAGAUGAUGCAAUCCAAUCAUCAUUGCAUAAUUCUACAAAGAGAACGGGUUUGAUGAAAGUUUGUCUGAACUCAAUGGGAAUUGAAGGGCUUCACAUGUAAAAAGCAUUUACCCUCUAUUACACUGCAUGACCAAAAGUAUGUGGACACCUGCUCGUUGAGCAUCUCAUUCCAAAAUCAUGGGCAUUAAUAUGGAGUUGGUCCCCCCCCUAUGCUGCUAUAACAGCCUCCACUCUUCUGGGAAGGCUUUCCAAUAGAAGUUGAAACAUUGCUGCAGGGACUUGCCUCCAUUCAGCCACAAGAGCAUUAAUCUGGUCGGGCACUGAUUAGGCGUUCGAUGGGGUUGAGGUCAGGGCUCUGUGCAGGGCAGUCAAGUACUUCUACACCAAUCUCGACAAACCAUUUCUGUAUGGACCUUGCUUUGUGCACCGGGGGCAUUGUCAUGCUGAAACAGGAAACGGCCUUCUGCAAACUGUUGCCAUGAAGUUGGAAGCACAGUUGGAAGAUUUUCAUUCACUGGAAUUAGCCAGAACCAUGAAAAACAACCCCAGACCAUUACCCCUCCCCCACCAAACUUUACAGUUGGCACCAUGUAUUCGGGCAGGUAGCGUUCUCCUGGCAUCCGCCGAAACCCAGAUUUGUCUGUCGGACCGCCAGAUGGUGAAGUGUGAAUCAUCGGUCCAGAGAAUGCGUUUCCGCUGCUCCAGACUUCAAUGGCGGCGAGUUUUACACCCCUCCAGCUGACGCUUGGCAUUGCGCGUGGUGAUCUUAGGCUUGUGUGCGGCUGCCCAGCCAUGGACUUGCACUGAUGUUGAUUCCAGAGGCAGUUUGAAACUCAGUAGUGAGUGUUGCAACCGGGGACAGACCAUUUUUACGUGCUACGCACUUCAGCACUCGGCGGUCCCAUACUGUGAGUUUGUGUGGCCUACCACUUCGCGACUGAGCCGCUGUUGCUCCUAGACAUUUCCACUACACAAUAACAGCAUUUCCAGUUAACAGGGGCAGCUCAAGCAGUGCAGAAAUUUGACGAAUUGAUUUGUUGGAAAGGUGGCAUCUUAUUACAGUGCCAUGUUGAAAGUCACUGAGCUCUUCAGUAAGGCCCAUUCUACUGUCAAUGUUUGUCUACAGAGAUUGCAUGGCUGUAUGCUCGAUUUUAAGCACUUUCAUCAAUGGGUGUGGCUGAAAUAGCCGAAUCCACUAAUUUGAAGAGAUGUCCACAUACUUUUGUAUAUAUAGUGUAUCUUUACAGUAAAUAGCAGUUAUUGUAUGUUAUAAAAUCCCUUUUGAUAGCUAAGUUCAAAUAAUAUGAGGUGCAUGCAGAAGGAAUGGGACUUUACCAGGUACAUGGAUGUGAGUUAAGUUUUACUUUGCACAAAAACUGUCAUCGUUAUAUUCAUAAUGGCCUACCAAGGAUAUGCGUGUGGGACAGGACAUUCCCUUAUUAUGUUACAAUUAUUCAUCCAAUUCUUUUAGAAAAAUAUGGGCAAAAAUAUGGGCACCACUUCUUGAGUCUAAUGACUCUCCAUUUUUUUUGUGGUGCACCUGUUAGAUAACAGCACCACACUCGUCUCUCUGACAGCGAUGUUUUGAGUUUGAGUUGCACAGACAUCCUUCAUCCUUCAUUUACUGGAGUGCUCUCCAAAGUUAGAUCACUCAAGAGGUUGCUGAGCAGCUGAGUUAAGUUGGAGUUGGUACAACAUUAUAUUAAGAAUGGUAUGGACAAAAUGAUUUGUAAGGAGCGUUGUUGAUCUGGAAUCCUACACCCACUGCGCACAGACGUGAGUUCAACAUCUAUUCCACAUUGGUGCAGUGUCAUUUCAUUGAAAUGACGUGGGAACAACGUUGAAUCAACCAGUGUGUGCACAGUGGGAAGCUACCGAAACUCAACUUGGAAUUCGAAUUGGACAAUGAUAGAAGUAACAAAAGUGGAAGUACUGGAAGUAACAAAAAGUAGUCAUAAUUGAGAAAGGUAAAAAAGUGUCUUGAAUGGAAAUCAUCUAGGUUCAACUUCAAGCACAAUACCAGGCAAAACAUUUCUAAAUGGGGGCGGCAGGUAACCUAAUGGUUAGAGUGUUGGGUCGGUAAAUCAAAAGGUUGCUGGAUUGAAUCCCCGAGCUGACAAGGAAAAUGUCUGUCCUUCUGCCCCUGAGCAAGGCAGGUAACCCACUGGUGCCGUGGAUGUCGAUUAAGGCAACCCCCCUGCACCUCUCUGAUUCAGAGGGGUCGGGUUAAAUGCAGAAUACACAUUUCAGUUGAAGGCAUUCAGUUGUACAACUGACUAGGUCUCCUCCUUUCCCUUAAAACCAAAUAAAUGUAUUCUUUUAGUACACACAGAUUUGCUUUUGUCUUCGUUACACUAGAUUGAGUAGUUCUAUCGGUAUCUAAGUAAAGCAAGAAAACUAAGGUGCAUGACAGACACAUUGGAAUAUUUGGCAUGAAUCGUAGAAUUUGAAAUGUAAUUUAUGCCUACACAUAAUGCACUGCUCUACGAAAUAGCACACAAUUUAUUAUGCUGUGUCAUGGAGUUAAUGUCCCCUAUGAUACUACUUUUCUCUGUUUCCUCUGACACCAAAAUCACUGCCCUUCAAAGCAAGAAAACAACUAUGAGAUGGUCAUUCAGCUGGCUACAAUGACUGAUAUUUUCCUAGUGGUUCUGUUAUUCCUUAGGUAUACUUUGCUCUAAAUAAUCCUACAUAAUGUUUUGCUUUUUAGAUUUUUUAAGAAAAGAGAGAUUUUUUGGGAGAUGAAUGAAUGAAACCUUUUCGUCCCAAUCCUAGACUUUAUGCUCAUUGCCUUCUGGGAAGGUUCUGGUAUCCCAUGUGUGACACCUUUGUACCUACUUACAAUGUUUCAGUGGUAUCCAUGGUAAAGCAUAAUCAGCUUCUAUGCUGCGUCAUCGGAAUGCAAAGUUCCAUCAUGCCUUUUAAAUGUUGUAUUUAAUUUUUCCGGAAGGAUUUUAUUCAGUUUUAAUGUUACCCAAUCUGACCCCAUUAAAACAGAAAAGGCACUAUACACAUGUAUCAAAGGUGCACAAAGUCAACAAAGCAUAUUAGGUAACAGCUAAACAUACACAAAAAUCAAAACAUCUAUUUUUAUAUUAAGUUGUUUUUAAUAUGACAGCAUUUCCUGGAGAUACAGUAUAACAAAGUCAUCCAUAUUUAUCAAUUUUGUACCAGAAAAAAAGUCAGAUUAGAUUGUUUUUCAUUUCAGCUUUUGAUUAAACAGGUAUUUCUCUUAAAGGGAUGAUUGGAAAACCUUUGACCUCUGUAGAAGUCUUUCUAUGGCCCAGGUGAAGAAAUGUGUCCUGGGCUUUUUAUUUGAAUGGAUAAUGCAAAGCCAAUUAAAUGAUUCAAUUAAAACCUAAUUGUAAAAGAAAA